AUGCAUUUCUAUACAUUUGUGAUUGCUUUGUGGGCGACUUGCGGGUUUGCAGCUGCGUUCGACAAGACUAAGCAAUUCCAGUGCCCUCCUACAGGCAAAUCCUAUGGAUUUUGCGGUUUCCCAGUAGCCACACACCCCGAAAACAAGCUCACCUACUGGUCUCUGGCACAGAUCACACCACCCGACAACAACACGCCCAACAUAUUCAACCGAUGUGGAUGGCCAUCUACAGCUAACCUUUGCGGUGAUUCUGCUAUGGUCGCAUACGUAUUUUCAAAGCUUGGUAGUAGUGAUGGCAUACCGGAGGAUGACAACUGGAGCCCACACAUCUUUUUAGAAUCUCAUGUGCCAUCUCAGGGUUAAACCAAGCACCGUUGGCCUGGUAACAUCGAC